CCCAAGUCCUCUGACUUCCAAGCCUGUGCUCUUUCCACUAAGCCACGCAACACCCCAGAUCUAAUCAACCCAACAACCACCAGUGAAGCCAUGGCCAUCCUCUUCGCGGUCGUUGCACGAGGCACCACCAUCCUGGCCAAACAUGCCUGGUGUGGAGGGAACUUCCUGGAGGUGACGGAGCAGAUUCUGGCGAAGAUACCUUCCGAAAACAACAAGCUAACCUAUUCCCACGGAAAUUACCUGUUUCAUUAUAUCUGCCAAGACCGAAUCAUAUACCUCUGUAUCACGGACGAUGAUUUUGAGCGAUCUCGGGCCUUCAACUUCCUGAAUGAAAUAAAGAAGAGAUUUCAAACUACGUACGGUUCAAGAGCACAAACGGCCCUCCCAUAUGCCAUGAACAGCGAGUUCUCGAGUGUGCUGGCUGCACAGUUGAAACACCACUCUGAGAACAAAGGCGCGGACAAAGUGGUGGAGACUCAAGCCCAGGUGGAUGAACUGAAAGGGAUCAUGGUCCGAAACAUAGACCUAGUGGCCCAGCGAGGAGAACGAUUAGAGCUGCUGAUAGACAAAACGGAGAAUCUUGUUGAUUCCUCGGUCACAUUCAAAACAACUAGCCGAAACCUUGCCAGAGCCAUGUGUAUGAAGAACCUCAAGCUCACCAUAAUCAUCGUCAUUGUAUCCAUUGUUUUCAUUUACAUCAUCGUGUCAGCUGCCUGCGGGGGCCUAACGUGGCCAAGUUGCGUGUAGAAAGUAGGUGAAGGUGAUCUUAAACUGUGGAUAGGAGAGCGAGCAAGUGUACCAAGGAGUUAAGGAGCAACCCACAUAACUGUCUCUUCACUGCUGACACAGACGAUGCUCGGUGUCCGCCUGUCUUUCCUUCCAUCGUUCCAGGACUCCGGUUUCCUCUGCCUUAAUCAGCGCGCCCCUUCCCCCCACCCCGGCCCUCGCGCUCGCAGGCAAAACCGUCCAGGUUUUGCUUCCGUGCGGUCGCAACCUCGGAUGGGUGUUCUCGUAUUUUAAACUACUUGAAGGGACUCUUGUUUUUUAACCGUGGAUCGCCGUUCGCCCCAGGGGUCACCGCCAGUCUCAGCAGCAGCUGCCUGUUCUGGCAUCAUACCGCACGUGCAUGUGUGCGCGGGAGGUUUUUGCACUUUAUGUGAUUGGAAUAAUUAAGUGGAGAGCGCUCUGUCGCUAGCGUCUCACCUUAACCUCAUCCUAAUGGAUGGCACUGAAGAGUUCCGGGUGUUAGACCACGUUGGGAAGGAGAAUAAACCAGGGGAAUGUAAAUCUUUCCACUCCGGGCUUCUGUAUGGGAGUGAGCACCAGGGCCGAGAGGGGGGAGCGAUCUGCCCGGGGCGGUUCUCAGCUUUUUAUUUUGCUCAGGAGGGGAACGCUUCGGUUAGAACCGGUUCGUAGGCCAGGGAUUCCCGGAUUCGCGUCCCGGUGUGAAGUUCGGGAGAACCGAAGCGGGCACACUGCCGCGGAUCGCUACACCCUCUUCUUCCCUGUUGGGACAAAGCCGACCGAGGUGACGGUUUGGUUUGCGUUGGAGGUUGCAACAACGUAGUUUCGUCAAGUGUUUUUAUAAAUUGAUUUAUGUCCAUUAGCGGGCAAGGGGUGUAGAAGUUGCUUUGUGUUCCUUGUUGUGGGGUGGCAGUUUUGCUCCGAGUCACGAAGAAGCCUCUAGCGGGUGCGUGAAUUUCCGUCCGGCUGGAAACUCAUGAAAUCCUCACCUUUUAGGUUGGAGUUUCGAGUUUCACGGUUCAGGGCGUGCUAGGCGAGAAUACACAAUUCAAAACCAACAGCCCAGCCAGAGCAGCUUAUGCUGGCUGGAAUGGAGGUGAGGACCAGCUCUUUUCCCCCCCACCCCACCCAUCAUUAUUCCGAUUUAGCCACUGGCCGAUGCCCAGUGGUUAUCCUUAAGAUUCAUCUGCUGGGCUCGGGCAACUUGAUCAGGUGCUUAAGUAGCCAAUGAACAGAAUAGCUUCUCGAGGGUCCAGGUCACUGAACGAAGCACAUCUCGUGAAAUAAAAAGCCUUCCUUAGCUUCGGCUGGCUCCAGUUUCCUUUUUUUUAACGAUCCCCCUAGCUUAAUGCGAAUCAUUUCACCAGAGAGGGGGCAGAAAUGAAAGCAAACGGUAGGACUGGAAAGGGAAUGCCGGAGUAGAACAUAAUCAACACCCUUAUGGUGACUGCAUGGAGUCUAGCCAGACGUCUCACCGUGUAGUAACUUGUAACAUUGAGACACCCUGACAUUUGAUAUCAAACAGGUGUAGGUGCCAGAGGGAGCCUGAAGCUCAAGUUCUGUUUGCAUUUAAUUAAUAAAAUUUAUUUAAUUUGCAUUGGAUUGAGUUUUGCCCCCCUCCCUUUUUUUUUUUUCUGACUACUCUGUGGACCACUCAGUUUUGCAACUUAGCUCCUCUGCCCCAUCGUGCGCCUUGAAAAAGGCAGCCCCCGCCAUCUGACUUCCUAGUCCGGACACAGCUGAACAUCCUUAACUCCAGCCCCAUCCCGCCCCAUCCCCUUUGGUCCCGAUACUCCCUCCCUCCCUCUGCCAAAUGCAUAGCCAAUCCAGGGCACCAACAGAUAUUUUUCAGCCUUAUCCCUCCCAUCGCCUAAUUUCCAAAGAUCAGUUCGAUGGCUUCACUGUUGGUUCGUAUUUGAAUGUGGUCCAAAGCAAAGUUGACUGGCCUUGGCUAGAGUGUUUAGGGUGGCUGUAGAGAGAUGAAGAAACGUUUUGGAAGCUCAUUCUUCCCAUUCCAGCGUAAAACUCACCUGUAUGAUAAUGCAUGUUUUAGGGGUGAAUGACCCUGUUCAGUCUAUGUAUAAAACACUUUCUCUCGUUUUCAAGACUGCACUAACUGAAGGCAUUACUGCAAGGUUCAUUUGUUUAAAAUAAAAUGAACAGGACCAACGUAGGCCUGUUUUGAAAUA